AUUACAACAGACAAUUCGGAUGAUCAAGAAAGUGAUAAUAAUUUUCCAUUACGAAAGAUAACUUUGGCAUUGUAAACGGCUUAUUAAGCAGAAUAAUGUACGGAAAAUAUUUUAAAAUUUUAUUUGUUCUUGUAUUUUGUAUUUUUAAAGAUGCAUGCUGUGAAUUUGAGAUUGAAGAAAUCGUAGAUGAUGAUAAAAUUGUUGGAGGAACAAACGUCAACAUCAAGAAACUGCCAUACCAAGCAUUUAUUCGUACAUUUAAAGGAAAUCGAUACUUUCAAUGUGGAGGAUCUAUAAUUAGUAAAGAGUAUAUUUUAACAGCAGCCCAUUGCUUAUACGGAAUGGACGAGGCUUAUGUACGAACAGGUUCAACGGAAUACGACGAUAUAAAUAAUGCUCUAAUUCUCGCUAAAUCUUUCAAGUCGCACCCGAAUUAUACUCACACUUCUCAUGAUAAUGAUAUUGGCGUUGUACAGUUAGCAAGAAAAUUAGAUCUAAGUGGAAAAAAAGAGAAAAUUAUUAAGCUGGUGGAUGCUGGAACUAAACUUCCUGUAGGUGGUAAAUUAACUGUAUCUGGAUGGGGCGUUACAUCUGAAGAUGGAAGAGUUAGUAGGCACUUGAAAGAUGUUCAAAUUCAAAUAGUCUCUGACGCUGACUGUCGCAAAAUGUAUAAAGAAGAGUUUACAGAAAAUAUGUUUUGUGCGGGAGUCCCGGAGGGCGGAAAGGAUGCUUGUCAGGGUGACUCAGGAGGUCCUGGUGUCUUAACAGACAACGGGAUACAAGUUGGAGUAGUUUCCUAUGGAAGAGGAUGCGGUCGAGCUGGUACACCUGGAGUAUUUGCUAACCUGGCCAGCAAAGCGAUGAGGGAGUGGAUUAAGGAUGCAACUGGAGUUUAAAAAGAAAGUCCAUUGAAAAUAUACGACACCGUAUCAUACCCUGAUUAUUAAAAAUAAUAUAUAAAAAUAUAAGAAUGAUAUGCAAACUAGAAUGACCAACACCACGUAUUAAAAUCAAUAAUUGUAAAUAAGAAAGUAUUUUCUAUGUAUUAGACUUAGCGAGAAUGUUUUUUGAUUCUAAAAACCCUCGUAUGUUUCUUUGAGACACGCAAAAUAUGGAUCCAAAAACAUACCAGCUGAUCAAGAAUUCCACAGCUAAGGAUUAUCAUAUAUUAUGAAUACUUCGACGGCUAUUUGUUUUAAUAUAGUUUUUAUAAUUUAAUAAAACAAUCACAUUAAA